GACUCGUAGGAAGGGAGGAGUCGGAGAAGAAAUUACGAUCACGUAAUUUUCAGAAUUCAUACACUGAUGUUCCAAUCAGUUUACAUGAGUAAUUUGUCGGUUCUAGUUCUAGGGUUUCAAAAAAAGAAAAAAAAAAAACAUAAAAAUGCGGGCCUACCUGCAAAUCCCCGGAAACCCGUUGCCAUGGUUCUGAGACGCCUUCCGCCAGUUAAGGCUCGGCUGCCACGUGACCAAAUGGUAAUAUGGCGGCACCUACGGAUCCCCAGUCCACGAGGUGUCCAGAACCGAUGACAGCUGUAGCUGCUUCUGCAGCCGGCGGGACUCGGGCCCCGGCAGCCUUGGCCCUGCGGGUGGUGGCCGAGUGCGGCCGCAGCAAGGCGCGGGCGUGCGAGCUGCGCCUGCCGCACGGCACCGUAGCCACGCCGGUAUUCAUGCCCGUGGGGACUCAAGGAACCAUGAAGGGAGUCACGGCAGCGCAGCUGGACAGCCUGGGCUGCCGCAUCUGUCUGGGCAACACGUAUCACCUGGGCACGAGGCCGGGUCCUGAGCUCAUACAGAAGGCAGGUGGGCUGCAUGGCUUUAUGAACUGGAACCGAAACCUCCUCACGGACAGUGGUGGCUUCCAAAUGGUGUCUCUGCUGGCUCUGUCCGAAGUGACAGAGGAAGGAGUGCGAUUCCAUUCCCCAUAUGAUGGUGCCGAGAUCCUGCUGAGCCCAGAGAAGUCUGUGGAGAUUCAGAAUGCUCUGGGCUCAGACAUCAUGAUGCAGCUGGAUGAUGUGGUCAGCAGCACUCUGACCGGCUCUCGGGUGGAGGAAGCCAUGCACAGGUCCAUCCGCUGGCUAGACCGGUGCAUCUCAGCCAACCGACGGCCUGACCAACAAAACCUAUUUGCCAUCAUCCAGGGUGGCCUGGAUCCUGUUUUACGGAGCAAAUGCCUUGAAGAGAUGACCAAGAGGGACGUGCCAGGCUUUGCCAUCGGGGGAUUGAGUGGGGGCGAGAGUAAGGAGCAGUUCUGGAAGAUGGUGACCCUGAGCACGGACCGCCUGCCUCGGGAGAAGCCGCGCUACCUUAUGGGCGUUGGCUACGCUACUGACUUGGUGGUCUGCGUUGCCCUGGGCUGUGACAUGUUUGACUGUGUCUUCCCCACACGCACAGCGCGCUUUGGGUCCGCCCUUGUCCCCACGGGAAACCUCCAGCUGAAGAAGAAACAAUUUGCAAAGGAUUUCCGCCCCAUUGAUGAGGCGUGCAUGUGCCCCACCUGUCAGAGGCACACGAGGGCCUUCCUCCAUGUUUUACUGCACAGCAACAACACAGCUGCCUUGCAUCAUGUUACUGUGCACAACAUUGCCUACCAGCUGCGGCUGAUGGAUGCGAUCCGGACCAGCAUCGUGGAGCACCGUUUCCCAGACUUUGUUCGGGACUUCAUGAAGACCAUGUAUGGAGAUGUGGGGCGCUACCCAGGCUGGGCCGUGGAGGCCCUGCAGUCAGUGGACAUCCCUUUAAGCUGACUGUCUAUCCCAGUCCCCAAGCAGAGCUGUGCACCUGAUCUGGGCCUGGGGUUGGGAACCUCUAGGGACAGGAGCAUUGUCUCCAGCAGUUAAAUGCAUGGAAAGCUUUGUUGGCCCAGGCCCCAGAGUAAAGACUGAGUUUUCUUUUUUUAUAACA